UUUGUUUAUUCCGCAGCAAGGAGGCAGCAUCCGAGUGGGAUGUGAUGCCGGUUCAUUCAUUCCGGCAGCCGGCACCGCAACCAGCGAUCACCGGUACAUGUUAAUUUUCCCCGACGUCAUCCAGGAAUAAGAAAUAAAAGUUGAUAAAAUUGUUGAUUGUUUUCCCACAAUCCGCCCAUACAAACAUUCUCCCUGAAGCGUAUGGCGUCAUCUGACGGCAAACGGUCGAAGCUGUCAGCCUGCGCCUUGCCAGCUGUGACGUUCUGAAGUUUAUGUUUUCUUCCUCUUCCCCAUCACGCACGUCAAAACAGCUGUCAAAGCUUCAUCUUUCCUGUGGUGAGCAAAUUUUUGCAGGUUUUCGUGUGAUUACAAAGGCAGUGUGGAUUUGCCGUCAGCCCAUAAGCGGAACCAUUUCGUGAGCCGAAACUACCCCAAUCCCAACAAUCAUGUCGCUGGUUUCGCACAUUCUGCGCCGUUCCAUCUCGCAAUCAAUCGCCCGCAAUGCCCAGGUCGGUGGCCCGUCUGCUGUGGCCGGCCAUGAAGCCGGUGGCUAUAAGGUGUGGAAGAAGCUGUCGUUCUUCGUGGCCAUGCCAGCCGUCGGUCUGUGCAUGCUGAACGCUUACCUGAAGCACCAGGAGGAGCACGGACACCCGCAGCCGGAGUUCAUCAAGUACGAGCAUCUGCGCAUCCGUAACAAGCGUUUCCCGUGGGGCGAGGGCAACAAGAGCCUGUUCCACAACCCGCACACCAACGCGCUGCCGGACGGCUACGAGCACUAAGAGAGCAGCCGACACGGCACGGACGUUUCCAUCUACGGGUGGUGUGCCCUACCGUCUUAUUUCCAGCUGGCAAAAUAGUGUUGUUUAAAUAAAUUCUGCGACCGAGUACGAUUCGAACCUACAA